AUGGCAUAUUCAAAAAUAUCAUUGGGAGAUUUGCCUGAAUUAGCAAAUGAAAUUAUACAUUAUUUUCAAAAUGAUUUUUCAAUGUUACAUUCAUGCGUUUUAGUUAAUAGAUUAUGGUGUCGUAUUGCAAUCCCAUUAUUAUGGGAAGACCCAUUUUCAAUUCCUACAAAAAAUUAUAAUUUUAUUGGAAUUUGUUUACGUAAUUUGAACGAUUAUGAUAAAACAAAAUUAAACGAAUAUGGAAUAAAUAAUAAUUUAUUUCAAUCAAAUACAUUAUUUAAUUAUUCUAGUUUUAUUAAAUGUUUAAAUACAUCUAAAAUUAGUUAUUCUAUUGAUAAGUGGAUUUUAACUUGUCAAAAUUCUACUUCUAAUGAACAAAAUUCGAAUUUUAUUAUUCAACAACAACAAAAUAAUUUUGGUCAAUGUAUUUUACCUCCUAUUAAGAAUUUAUCAUUAAAUUCUAAUUCACAAUCUUUACCUUCUUUAUCAACUUUGAAUUUACCAGGUUUUAAUUCACGUUUUAAAAUUAAUGAAAAAAAAAUUAUUGAUAAUAUUGAAUUAAGAAUGGAAAUUAUAAAUUUUAUUUAUAAAUCAUUAUUUAAAAUUUUUAUUCAAAAUAAUGUAAAUUUAAAUACUUUUGAAAUUAUAUUAAUAAGAUUAAAAGAUCAUAAUUAUUUUAAUGAUAUUUAUGAAAUAAUUUCACAAAAUCCUUUUUUUAUUCGUGAUAUUAAAAAUUUAAAAUUUUCUUUUAAAUUUAGAAAUAUUAAAUUAACAAAUAUUUACCUCUUUUUAAAAUUUUUAUAUACAAAUUGUAUUUCAAUUACAAAUAUUAAUUUUCAAUUUAAAAAGAGUGAAGAUUCAAUAAUUGAUACUAUAUCAUCUCAUAUAAUUAAUUCAAGACAAAAUCUUAAAAAAAUUUUAUUAGAUUUUGAUUCUUUACCUUUAUAUAAUUCUUUAUUAUCUACUUUAAGAUUAUCAAUUAAUUGUUCAAAUACUUUAAAUACUAUUACUUUUUAUCAUAUUGAUUUUAAAAAUAUUUUAAUCUUUAAAGAAAUUUUUGAAAGAUUAAAUGUUUUAGAAUCAAUUCAUAUUAUUGAUUGUCAUUCUUUAAAUUUUGAUUUUAUUGAAAAUAUUGUUAAUAUUAACAAACCUAUUAAAUUAAGAUCUUUAUUUAUUAAUGAAAUGUUACAAAUUAAAUGUUUUCAAUUAUUAUUUCAAAAAUCUGGUGAUUAUUUAGAAAAUAUUGGUUUUGGUAAUCAUUCUUUAAAAAAAUCUUUAAUUGAAUUAAUUAUAAAAUAUUGUACAAAAAUUAAAUUUUUUGAAUUACCUGGUUUUGAUUAUAAUAAUUUUCAAAAUAUUUAUUUAAUUUUAGAUUUAAUUAGAAAUUUUGGUCAAAAUCUUAAUUAUCUUACUAUUGGUUAUGAUCCUAUUAGUUCUAUUGUAUUACAAAAUUUGGGUCAAAUUCUUCCUUUUAGAUUAGAAUAUUUAAAAUUAUCUUUUAUAAUUAAUAAUUUAAAUGAUUUUGAAUCAUUUUUAUUAAAUUCUCAAAAUACUUUUAUUAAUAAAUUAGUUAUUAGAAAUGAAAUACAAAUAGGUGGUCAUGAUAUUUUACCUUAUAUUAAAAAAUAUAUUAUGGAAAAGAGAAGAAUUAGAUAUUUAGCUUUUAAGAUUACUUUUUUAAAUGGAAAUUUUAAAGAUUUAUCUUCUUUAAUAGAUGAGGUUAAACUUUUUAAAUUAUAUGGUAUUAAGGUUUAUAAUUAUGAUGUUUUAAAUCUUCAAAUUUAUGAUUAUAUUAAAGAUGUUUAUUUAGAUUAA